UAUUUUAUUCCUCACAUCUGCCAAUAGCUUCGGUGGAGGGGGCGAGAAGUCUCCAGAAAGCACGCGCUACCCACAGUGCAGUUACUCAGCCAGAGAGACCGUGGACGUGUCUCCCACUGCUGCGGACGAAGGCGGUCAGCAACCCUGGCAGAACAGGCACUGAGGCUGCAGUAUGUCCUGCGCGUGGACAGUGACUUUGGCCCUAUGUCUUAGGCAGGAGUUGGCGUAUUUCUCUGUAAACAGUUUCCACAUCUCAACUUGGAUCCCAACUCCACCAAACCCACAGUUAGCCGCUUGAGGGAGAUCUUGGGCUCCUAACAAACUGCUAAGGGCUUGCACCUGGGCAGAAGAUCCGGACUUCCCGCCUGUCCGCUGUAGCCCUAUGGAAGUAGCCUCCCUGCCAGCCUCCCAGGAAGCUCAACGCCGGUUGGCUAGAGCUUCGUCCAAUGGGAGGUGGCGGCCUUCGCGGGCCGGCCGCGUUCGGACGCCGCGACGCCGCGGAGGCGGUUGCCGGGAAAUCGCAUAAACACGGGAGAGCGGCGCGGGGCUCGCCUUGCGGAGGCAGCUGGUGGCCGCGGGAGCGAGAGGAGAGUUUUCGUCUGCCGAGAUGGCUUCCAACAGAAGAACUUUGAGCUUCAGUGAAAGGCACCAGAAAUUAGUAGAUGUAAACGACUGCAGAAAAUUGCAUAUCGAGGCACUACAAAAGCUACAGAAUCAAAUCCGGGACCAAAGGGUGCAGAAUGAGAAUGCUGACCGUGCUGAACGCAAAAGGCUCCUCAGAUUAUUACAAAAUGAACAGUUUGAGUUGGAUAUGGAAGAGGCCAUUCAAAAGGCUGAAGAAAACAAAAGAUUGAGGGAGCUCCAGCUUGAACAAGAAGAAAAACUGGCUAUGGAAUUGGCAAAACUGAAACAUGAGAGUCUAAAGGAUGAGAAGAUGAGGCAACAAUUAAGAGAAAACAGUUUUGAACUCAGAGAAUUGGAGAAGAAAUUAAAAGCAGCUUACAUGAAUAAAGAAAGAGCAGCUCAAAUUGCUGAAAAGGAUGCCAUUAAAUAUGAGCAAAUGAAACGUGAUGCUGAAAUAGCCAAAACUAUGAUGGAAGAACAUGAGAGGUUAAUAAAGGAAGAGAAUGCUGCAGAGGACAAACGAAACAAAGUAAAAGCACAGUAUAAUCUUGACUUAGAGAAACAACUUGAAGAACAAGAAAAGAAAAAGCAGGAAGCUUAUGAGCAGUUGCUGAAAGAGAAACUCAUGAUUGAUGAAAUUGUUAGGAAAAUCUACGAAGAAGAUCAAUUGGAAAGACAACAUAAGUUAGAAAAAAUGAAUACAACUCGAAGAUAUAUAGAAGAGUUUAAGAAAGAGCAGGCCCUCUGGAGAAAAAAGAAACGUGAGGAGAUGGAAGAAGAAAACAGAAAAAUCAUAGAGUUUGCCAAGAUGCAGGAACAAAGAGAAGAAGAUCGGAUGGCAAAAGUUCAAGAAAAUGAAGAAAAAAGGCAACAGCUUCAGAAUAUGCUGACUCAGAGAUUGGAAGAAACUCUGCGGCAACGUGAAGAUUUAGAACAAGUGCGACAGGAAUUGUACCAGGAAGAACAAGCUGAAAUACAUAAAAAGAAACUAGAAGAAGAAGCAGAAGAGAAAUUGAGAAAACAGAAGGCGUUGAAGCAAAAUUUUAUGGAACAAAUGGCCUUGAAGGAACUAGUCCUGCAGGCUGCAAAAGAGGAAGAGGAAGUCUUUAGAAGAGCUAUGCUAGCGAAAUUCGCUGAGGAUGAUCGAAUAGAGUUACUGAAUGCUCAAAAGCAGAGAAUGAAGCAACUUGAACACAGGAGAGCUGUGGAAAAACUUAUUGAAGAGCGUCGCAACCAGUUCCUUGCAGACAAACAACGUGAACUGGAAGAAUGGCAGCUGCAGCAAAGACGACAAGGAUGUAUUAAUGAAAUUAUUGAAGAAGAAAGACUAAAACUUCUCAAAGAACAUGCUACAAAAUUACUAGGCUAUCUACCUAAGGGAGUAUUCAAAAAAGAGGAUGAUAUUGAUAUGCUUGGUGAAGAGUUUAGGAAGGCGUACCAGAAAAGGAGUGAAAAUUGUGAAGAGAAGUGAUACCAAGAUUUGGUAAAAUCUUACUCUUGAAUGUUACCACUAGAUGUCAGUGUAAUUUUUGUUUUCCAGCUCAGUGAGAGUAGGAAUCCAUUGUCUCUGGAUUUUCUAAAACAUCUUUGAUUUCAUGAUUUGUAAACAGUUAUCUAUAAGAAAACAUUUGUUUUCUGAUAAAAAUUAAAUUACUUGAGUAUAUUUUAACUGCAA